AUGAUUGUGGAAGCUCAAAAUGAUUUUAAUUGGUUUAAUAUCCAAUUUGCCCCUUACACUGAUGAUGUUACACAAAACGAUGAGCACGAUUGUUUUAUUGAUUACGAUGAUCCUUCGUGGUAUGUUUAUGCUGUUGCUCUUGGGAAAAAUCAAUCAAUAUAUCGCUUUUUCUUCGUUGGUGAAAUGAUUGAUUUGGACGAAGACGGGAAAUUGCCAAAUCGUACAUUUGUCGGUUUUCUCAAUUACACUGGCGAUCUUACUACAAUUGAUUGUAGUAAUUUCAAUUUAAUCAUAUCAUACGUGGACGGAAACUUCAUUCAUCAGGAACAUUUAGUGAUGACAACUGAUCCUCUUGGUUUGAUUGCCUACGGUUUCUCCAAUCUCUUUACAUUUUCUUAUACAGCAUCUACGGGUAAUCUGGCCGUUUAUGAGAAUAAUUCACUCUCUCCUUCAACACCAUUCCUACCAUAUGCCGUUGAUUACGAUGGUAGUCGCGGUAUUAUUGCUGGCUUUCUUAAGAAUAAUCAAAAUUCACGUAUCAAAUAUAACGCAACUAUUAUUCUAUUUAGUAUUGAUGCAUCAACAGCCAAUGCCACACAGAUAAAAUCAUGGAAGUAUUCGACGAAUGGUACAACAUGGCAGGCUGGACAAACAAAUGCAGGCGCUGAUAAAAAUGAUCCUAAAUUCGACAUGUCUGUCAGUAUAAAUCCAACAGCUACACAAGUUCUCGUCGGUAUUCAAUCGAUGAAUACGGUUUUUCUCUUCAGUUAUACAGCGACGACACUGACAUUGGUUACUUCAAUAGACAAAGGCCGAGGAAUUGGUUUCGGCAAAGGUGUUGCCUGGCUCAGUGACACUCUCAACAGUGUUGCCAUUCUUGCCAACGUCUAUUCGACAAGUUACGUCUGGAGUUCUUCGAAAAUCUAUGUCUACGACAGUCCAUUGACGAGUACUUCACAGCCAAUCUCAAUCUUUCCCAACAAUGAACAGCCGCUUUACAGUUACAUGUCUUCUGUUUUUCUCAAUAUCAUCACAACUCCAAGAGAAUUAGUUCUUCUUGCUGCCCAAGGCGGUCUCUUCGUCAUUCUCUCAGCUCCUAGCGGUUAUUAUUCCUCAACAAUUGGACCAACUGUUGAAGCUGUGCCGGCAUUCUCCUCACAACUACCGUGUAUGCCAGGUACAUAUAAGAAUGUAACAGGUAUUCGUCGCUGUUUACUCUGUCCAACAGGAACAAAAAACGAUGGAACCAACCUUACGAUAACAACCUGUGUCAAUUGUGCAAUGAACACAUUCUGUCCGCUUGGUUCUGUAAGUGAUUCUAUCUCGAACGAUCAGCUCAGUAACGUCAUCCAAGCAGUUGCCUAUCCAAAAUCCCCAGAUAUCACCGGACUUGAUGAUAUUCUGUUUUUCACAUUGUUUUCAAUUGGUUCAUCUGCACGCUGUGUUGCUCUUUCACCAAUCUUUUGGACUUUGAUCGUUGCUGCUAUUAUAAUUCUCAUUGUAAGUACAAUGCUUGUGAUUAAAUACUGUGUUAAAAACUCAACAGCUGUAAAUAGUUAUACACUAUUUGAGAAAAUAUUUAAACGAACAGAUAUUAUUCGUGAAGGUGAAAUGUGGGUCGGUGGCCUUGUUACGUUUUGUGUUAUCGUGCUCUGUGUUUCUUGCUGUGUAUUCAGUGCUAAAUAUUAUAGUUCUUAUCCGAUUGAAACAGCUGGACCUUCAACAUAUACAUGUGAUACAAGUAUACGUAAUGCACAGUUUUCUUCAUCUCUACAGUCUUUAUCGGUACCAGCCGCAGAAAAUAUUCAAGGCAUGAUGGACUUGUUAAACGAUCAAGAAGUCAAUUUGGACGUCUCUUUUCUCAAUACAGUUUACAAUUGCACAUCAGAUGCAGUUACAUUGACCUAUCUCUUAGGUACAACGUGGUUUCCAGUAUCGCCGAAUCCAUCCUGUAAUUCGUCGAGCUAUACAGUUUCCUAUAAUGCUAGCUUGCCGUUUAGAUCAAUUACUGUACAACUUACUUUACCAAACACAAAUACAAUCGGUGGACUUCGUAUAGGUCUGCGUGCUAACGGUAAAAACAAAUCUUCGACAGCAACGCUCCAAGAUUUAGGUUUUUCACAAACAUUCAAUCACAGUGAACGUAUGCUUGGACAAGACAUCCGUAUCACCCUUCCACUGACAAAAGUAAUCAAUAAUACAAAUCCACUUGUAAACGGUGAUGAUGAGGUACUGAGUGGUAUUUGGAUUGGUUCAUUUUCGGUGAACUACUACGAAUCAUUCAUGACAGACACUGAUUAUUUGAAUGCACCACCUAAGACGUCAACAAUUUUGACACUGACGAUCAGUGAAACACCCUAUUAUAUACUAAAUGAGCAAUCACCAAUUGCUAGAUUACCUGAAAUAAUUUUUCAUGAUUUUCUUUAUAUAACAAUGAUUAUUGGAAUGUUUGUGCUUAUGUUUGUUAUAGUUGAGGAUCCGGGUUUGAAGAUUUUGUUUCAAGCGAGUCCGGGUCCGGGUACAGCAAAUUUUAAUCAGUCGGAUCCAGGUCCGGGUUCAAAAAUUCGUGAACCCGAUGGACUCUAA